AUGACGACGCCGGUGGUUGAGAAAGCCCAGCUGCAUGAUGCGGCUGCGCUCACGGAGGUGUUUUUGAAAGGCUUCAACGACGAGUACUUCCAGACUCUUUUCCCUCAGAAUGAGUUUGGUAGAGAGUACAUGAUCCGAGCGUAUGAGGGUUUCAUGCUCUCAAAAGAGCACAAGAGCCAAGAAGGGCAAGUUUUCGUAGUCAAGAACGAAAAAGGCGAAGUCGUUGCCGGUGCGCUUGUCUGGAUCAUCCGGCCCGAGGACAACGGAACCUGGUCAUGGCGAAAGCGUUGGCCUGCCGCAAACGAAGGCCAGAAGGACGAACUCCUCGACCAGUUCUUCACCGACAUGGCCACGCAGCACGAAAGCAUCAUGGGAAAAGACGCGCACAUUUACUUUGAGGUGAUCAUGACUGACCCUGCCUAUCAACGUCGAGGAUACGCCCUCGCACUUCUUCAACGCGCGGCCCAGAUCGCAGAUGACUUGGGCUACCGAUCGUACCUUGACUCCGACCCGGAUGUCACGCCACUUUACCAGCGCGCGGGUUACGCUGUAGCUGAUGGCGCAAACCAAACGUCAUUUAUGGUUCCGAUGGUGCGACCAGCUAAAUCACAGGUGUCAGCGGGGGUUUGA